UGGCCGUGGGCGGGACUCGAACCCGCGGCCUGUGGCGCCCCGGCAACGGAAGCGGGAGCGGGUUAGAGGCUCGGCGGGGCUGUUGUCGGCGCGGCCAUGCAGCAGCGGCAGCUCCGCUGGGACACGCUGGAGGCUCUGCGCAACUCCAGCAAGGGCCGCCUGAAGUACUGCCGCCACUGGCUGCGGGACGAGGAUGUCUUGGAAGGAUGCAUGUCGCCUCUCAUGUUGUCCUCUUAUUCUGGCUGGGUCCUGGACAGAAUAGUUGAACGGUCAGACCAGGAAAUUACACCAUCCAAAACUUCAACACCUAACAAAUCCACUCCCCGUACAAACCAGCUACCUCUUGAGAAGGUCACAUCUGCCAGCCACCAGGGCUCUUCACCGCUUUCAUCUACAGUGCUGAGCGAAACAAAGGGAAAUAAUGGUCUUAGUCUGCUGGAAAUGGAUCAAGAAGUCCUUCCAACACUACUUCCAUCUAAAGUUACGGAAGUUGAAGGCUGCAUUCGGAUGUAUGAAGAGAUGUACAGGUUGAAAGGAAAGGAGGGGCUCAGGCAGCGGCAGGAGCAGCAAGAGCAGAUGGUGAGGGCAGUGUAUGACCUUGCAAGUGAGCAACUGAAGCGUUUUGAUGAACUGAAGGAGCUAAAGCAGCAUCAGGAAUUCCAAGAUUUGCAAGAAGUGAUGGAGAAGAGCUUAAAGGAAACUCAGGGACAGCAAGAGAAGUUGAAGGAAGAACACCGACACAGAGCAAAGGUAUUAAAUCUAAAACUGCGUGAGGCAGAGCAGCAGAGGCAGCGUCAGGAGGAGCUGGAGCGUUUGCGUAAGGAAGAAGGCCAGGAAAGACUGCGUCGCCUUUAUUCCAUCCAGGAGGAAGUGCUACAGCUUAACCAGCAGAUUGAUCCCAAUUACAGACACAAAGACUUGCCAAAAAUUGAUCUUUCUGCAUACAGUAGUCGAGGCAACCAGAUCUGUGGGCUGGUGUCAGGACUCAUCCGCACCACUAGUGAGAGAGGUUUCCCUACUCAAGUGGAUGUGGCCAAUACUGAACGAGCACUGCAGGAAAUGCGGGGGCUGAUAUCCAGCAUGCAGCAAGAAAUCGCUGCAGCUGUGGAAGAAAAAAAGAGGAGAGAUGAAGAGGAAAAGAGACAGAAGCAGCAAGAGUUACUGAAAAAAUCGCAGAUGAAAGCUCAAAGCACUGCCCCUGCACAGCUGCCAGGGGGAAAGCAGACGAAGGAAGGACUUCAAGUUAAGACAGACGAAAGUAUUAUGCGCUGGUACCAGGAGCUUCAAGAUGCUGCAAACCAGUGUGUCACUUCUUUCAGUGAGAUAAGCAACUGCAAAGACAAUGAGGUUAAGAAGAUAAAAACGGACUUGCAGAAAGCAGCUACGAUCCCUGUUAGCCAGAUCUCUACCAUAGCAGGCUCUCAGCUGAGAGAGAUAUUUGACAAGAUCAAUAACCUGCUCUCUGGAAAGUCUGUUCAGAGUGGAGGGCGAAGUGUAUCAGUGACUCAGCAUCCACAGGGUCUGGAUUUUGUUUAUUACAAACUUGCAGAGAAAUUUGUGAGUCAAGGAGAAGAAGAAGUAGCUUCUCACCGUGAGGCAGCUUUCCCAAUUGCUGUGGUGGCAUCCGGAAUCUGGGAAAUACACCCUCGAGUCGGAGAUCUCUUUUUAGCUCAUCUACACAAAAAGUGCCCGUAUUCUGUGCCAUUCUACCCUGCCUUCAAAGAAGGAACCUCUAUGGAAGAGUAUCAGAGGAUGCUCGGAUAUCAAUUUAAGGAUUCUAAGAUAGAAGAGCAAGAUCAUUUCCUUAAACGGAUGUCAGGACUGAUUCGUCUUUAUGCUGCUAUCAUUCAGCUUCGGUGGCCUUAUGGAAACAGACAAGGGACACAUCCUCAUGGGCUGAGUUAUGGAUGGCGCUGGCUUGCUCAGAUGUUGAACAUGGAACCUCUGGCAGAUGUGACAGCUACACUUCUUUUUGGUUUUCUGGAGGUAUGUGGUAACGCUCUCAUGAAACAGUAUCAGAUUCAGUUCUGGAAAAUGAUGUUGCUGAUCCGAGAAGACUACUUCCCAAGGAUUGAAGCAAUUACUAGCUCUGGACAGAUGGGCUCUUUAAUGCGUUUCAAGCAAUUCUUGGAGGAAUGUCUACAGAAGAAGGAAAUUCCAUUACCAAAGGGCUUUCUGCAGCCUUCCUUUUGGAGGUCAUAAAUCAGCAUGUACUUCUUCCUCCCUGGAUGUCAGUGCUUUCAGACCUGGCUUCCUGUUUACAUAUAGAGGCAAAACAAAUUCAUUUUAUAUUUGGGUGGAUGAGGAGAUUAUGUUCAACACAUGUGUUAAAGUGUAAUUCAUUACAUUUUAUGUUGAAUAGAACAAAAUCUUAAUUUGUUGGAAAUGGAUAAAGCUGUUCUUUAUUUUGGAUUUGUAUAGGUUUUUAUAUACUAAAUUAUGGAAAACUGAGAAUUUUCCUUGGUAUGCUCAAACAUGUGGAAGGUAGUUUACAUACAGUAUUCUGGUAACUUCUGGAUUUCACUAUAAACACUUGGACUGAAAAUUUGCUCAGUGCUAUUCUGUUCAUGGAAGUGAAAAUACCUCAAAGCUUUACGAAGUCUUAACAUAGUUAAUCAGUCUCAGAAACUUACUGGUGAAACUUUAUUAUUUAUUGUGUCAAGCUUUUGUAAUUCACUUUCCGUUAUGUUGACGUAACUUGCAUCCUGUUUGUGGCAACAACAUCUUAAAACUACUGAGGGACUGGUAAAAGGUACUUGGCCUAGCAUCGUGAACGUUUCUCUCUGUUGAAUGUAACUUUGCUCCAAGAGGCAUUGUUCUUGAUCUAAGAGAGGUAGACUCACUUUUUAAAACUUUGUGUGGAUUUUUAUGGGGAAAAAGCAGAGUUCCUGAAACUACAGAAAUUGUGUCCACUAUCCAUUAAGUGAUUGAAAGCUAAUAAGCAAUUUUAUUAAAAAAAAAUAAUAACAGUGAAACAGUGCAUUCAUCUAAACACUUUGGCUGAUGUUCUGUCAUCAUUGAGGGGGAAAUGGUAUGCUUGAGUUACCUAUGGUGCAUUGACUUAUAUUUUAUAAUGACCAUUUUAUAGAAAUAUAUUUCUUACUUUUCACUGUUAUGCCAUUUUUAUGUAUGAAGUACUGUAAUGCUUUUAUACCAAUGGUGAAUUAUUCUGAGAAUAGUUCAUUCUAGAAAUCUGUUUAAAUUUAAUAUUAAAGUGUGAUUAUUUUUUUCUCUUUAA